AUGCCAAAGAAGGGGACUAAAUCUAAGAAGAAGGUGGACGAUGUGCCCAGUCAACAAGAAAAUAAGCUUCCAGACUACCUGGAACUCCAGCGCACACGUGUUGUCUGCAACGCUGAUGCCCCCAUUCAUACUCAAGGUUUCCAAUCCUCGGGUGCAUUUGCUGCUAUAGGAGUUGAUAAUAGCGUAUCAGUGGAGAAGUUUUGCAAGAACUUCAAAAUUGAAAUAAAUCAUCUCACUGAAGAUGAUAUGGACUUUGAUAUGAUUGGUAUUGAUGCAUCAAUAGCUAAUGCUUUCCGAAGAAUCCUCAUCGCAGAGGUUCCUACUAUGGCAAUUGAGAAAAUAUUCAUGGUUGACAACACCUCAGUUAUAGCAGAUGAGGUUCUUUCACAUAGACUAGGACUUAUUCCACUUCAUGCAGAUCCAAGGCUUUUUGAUUAUAUCUCAGAAAAUGAUGUCCCAAAUGAUAGAAAUACUAUUGUUUAUAAACUGCAUGUUUCAUGUCCAAAGGGUUCUCAACGAAUUACAGUGAAAUCUAGUGAACUAGAGUGGUUACCAGAAGGUAGCCAAUUAAGCAUGGCAGCCCCUGCGCAGUCUGGGGACAAACAGAAGACUUUCACUUCCUUCAGUCAAAGCCAAAAGGAGAUCUUAGAAAAGCCUCUUGGUGUGAAGUUUAAAGAUAUUACUAUUGCCAGGCUUGGGCCAGGACAGGCUAUUGAGCUCGAGGCGCAUGCUGUUAAGGGAGUUGGGAAAGUUCAUGCCAAGUGGUCUCCAGUUGCUACAGCCUGGUACAGAAUGCUCCCUGAGGUUGUUAUUCUCGAAGAAAUUGAAGGUGAUGAUGCAGAGGAGCUAGUAAAGAAGUGCCCAGUUAAUGUUUUUGACAUUGAAGACCUGGGUAAUGGUGGAAAGAGGGCAGUCGUUGCAAAACCAAGGGCAUGCACACUCUGUAGAGAAUGUGUCAUGGGACCAAAUGGGAAUCAAGUUGAACUACGGCGUGUUAGAGACCACUUCAUAUUCACCAUCGAGUCCACCGGUGCUAUGCCGCCAGAGGUGCUGUUCACAGAAGCCGUGAAGAUUUUGGAAGAGAAGUGCGAGAGGGUCAUAUCUGAGCUAUCCUGA